CCCCUUAUCCAAACAAACACAAGGCAGGCUGCUGCUGCUGCUUCUUCCUCUGACUCUUGCUUGCUUGCCUCUCAACUAAUGGAGGCUUCCUUGCUUGUGGCUCCCAAACCUUCCAUGGCCUCGAUCGUCUCUGCAAGUGCAAGGGGUCCCGCCAGGAGGUGCCUCGUCGUCGCUGCCGCCACCACCAAGGAACCCGGCACCCGCUCAUCAGAAACUGUAAUGAUGCGAGCACGCGGCGGCCUGUUGGCCACCGCCGUCGCCGUCGCCGCAGCGAGCAGCACGCCAGUGCUCCCGUGCCAUGCUUGGGUGCUGGCAGGCGACCUGGACCCGGCGACGGCCAAGACGGUGGCCGGCGUGGCGGGGCCGGCGCUGUCGGCGCUGGGCUUCCUCUUCAUCCUGCGGAUCGUCAUGUCCUGGUACCCGAGGCUCCCCGUGACGGAGUUCCCCUACGUGCUGGCGUACGCGCCCACGGAGCCCUUCCUCGCCGUCACCCGAAAGCUCAUCCCGCCGCUCGGCGGCGUCGACGUCACACCCGUCGUCUGGUUCGGCCUCGUCAGCUUCCUCAACGAGAUCCUCGUCGGCCCGCAGGGCCUGCUCGUCCUGCUCUCGCAGCAACAGCAGCUUUGAUCCACAUUUUUGUAUAUCUAAUAAAUAACCAACGAAAAAGAGAAGAUUUUUCUAUAGAUCAUCAGUUGCCAUUUACAAGGCACACUUCGUGCCCCUAUCAGUUAUGUUUUGAUACAAAUAA